GCAUGAGUAACGUUACCAAUAGCAGUAAAGUACGACGGCGAUUUCACCCCUCUGUGCACGGGGAACGCACGGCAAGAAAAGUCUCGAGAAAGCCGAGGUACGCCAAAUUGUUUGUCAUGUAAGAUUGCCAUCCAUCAUGAACUGACAUCAAGCGAUACAUAUAACCAACAGAUAGCCAGCCAGCCUGCCUGCCAUGCUGCACUGCAACACACCCCAGUAAAACAUUCUCCAUCACCAUGGCAACAAUAUGGCUUUGUUAGACCAGUUGCCUAGCAACGAGAGGUAAUCGCCAGGUAACUAAUGCCCUAUACCCACUUGUUCCUUGGUCUCCAUUUGUAACUGCUUCUGGUGGGAAGGCAUGGGUUGUUGCAUCUCCAGAUCAAAUGCCACUUCUCCAAUUCCAUCAAAGAGCAGCGCCAGAGAGAACGUGGUGAACCCGGAGAAGAUAUCACCAGCAGAUGGUGAGGAGACACUCUUGAACACUGACAAGAGAUUCAGCGAAUCAGUGAACAACAGAUCAGCAAGCCCGAAGGCCAUCAAGAGAAGCAGCCAGUCAGCAAAUGUUACAUCUGCAAGCCCGAAGACAACGCAGAGAAGCUGCCAGUUAGAAAACAUCACACAAACAAGCACUAAGAUGGCAACAGAAAGUGCAGUUCAACCUGAGAUCCUUGGACGGCUUCCAGAGCUGGAGAGAACCAAGGAAGGACACCUAGUACCCCAGGAGGUUCCUAGAUGCGAUGUUGGGGAGGACUUUGUAUCAGUUCAUGAGAUGUACAACUCCUUGAAUGAUGGUCAGAGAGCUCCAUACCUACAUGAUCCAUAUUACAUGCUUAUUCUUGACGUUAGGGACAGAGCCGAUUACAAUGCUUCCCAUGUUACCACUGCUCGACACAGCACUGCUGUUGAUACAGAGCAUGAUUGUCUUGUGAGUCAGGGGAAGCUUGAUAAGUUCACAAUGGUUGUAGUGUACGACCAAGGCAGUACAUCUCAGACGGUUGAUCCAACACUGUCCAGCUUCGUCCAGAGAUUGAAAGACGCCAAUGUGGACGUUCUGAUCCUGAGCGGUGGCUACGACACUUUUCACAAGACCUAUCCGUUCUUGUGCAACAGUUUAACCAUUCGGUCAGAGCAAGACCGUAUGCUGCACUUCAAGUCGUACCCUUCCGUGGUCCUAGAGGAUACUCUCUAUCAGGGCAACGUGAAGCACUCCAAGAACGAGACAGUCCUCAAGAACUUGAAGAUCACUCAUAUCCUCAACGUGUCUACAGAAUGUGCGAAUGCCUUCCCAAAGAGCUUUGAGUAUCUUCAAGUUAAAGUGGAAGACGAGUCUACAGAGCAUAUUGGUCCCCAUCUGGAGAGAGCAGCUAAGUUUGUAGCAAGUGCCAUCAAUUCUGGUGGUAGGGUCUUUGUACAUUGUGUCCAGGGUAAGAGUCGUAGCUCAACGUGCACCAUCGCAUUCCUAAUGUCAUAUAGAGGUUGGACGUUGAAAGACGCUCAUGAAUAUUUAAAGGAUCGUCGAUCAAUCGCUGCUCCCAACAGAGGUUUUCUUAUCCAGCUCUCUAAAUUUGAACAACUGACCUUCGGAAAAGUUAUCUCCUCUGUGGAUGAUUUAUAUUUUUAACUUUGAUCUUCAAGAAUCAAUAUCCUCUUGGAAAACUAUCCAUUUAAGGAAAAUCACCCCCUGAGAACUACACACAACUCCUGGAAAACUACAUGAACCUCCUGGACACCUACAUACCUGUAAUUUCCCCUUGCGAUUCCCCUGUCAAAACUACCCCCAAAUACCCUCAGACAGCCACAAGAGAUACAAUGUGCUUGUAGUAUUCUUCAGGGGAUAAUUAUUCUAGAGUGUAUAAUUUUUUUUCAGGGGGGGGGGGGUAUCCCAAGGGAAGAUGAUUGAGGUUGGUUUUCCUAGACUCUUCUUUUGAGAAAAACCAUGUAAGACCAACUUUAAUAAUUCUACCAUUCUUUUCUAGUACAGUAAAGUCUUUUUUUCUGGGUUGGGGGGGGGGGGGGGAGGGGGGUCCUAAGGGUAGAUGCCCUUGAUUGGUUUUCCUAGCCUCUACUUGUGAGAAAAAACAUGUAAGUCCAACUUUAAUAAUUUGACCAUUCUUUCUUGUACAUUAGUAUCCAAGUUGAAAUACCAGUGUCUUUUACUAAAUCUUGUACCAUAUAAAAAAGAAAAAUGAGAGAAAGUUAAGAAUUUAUGUAGUGUUUGGAAGAUAGGAUUCUUAUAAACUGAAAUGUAUUAAUAUCUUCUAUAUUACAUCUACAUUUUACUAUGUGUACAUUCACCCACACAAUUUUUUAAGAUCUUUGUUCUUACCGAGGGUCUUUUAAUUUUUUUGUCAUCUUUGAACUGAAAAAAGGUAAAAACAUGUGUGAGAGGAAAAAAUUCAGUAAUUUCUUCUUGACUGUUUUGGCUAUUUCAUUUGCUCCAAUCAAAAUAAUUUAUCGGAGCCCAAUUUACAUUUAGGAAGGGUUCUCCCGUAUUUGUACAUGCUAUGUACAUGACUGUUGUAUAAUAUUUAUUGAAGCUGGUCGCACAACUCUUCUCUGUUUGCAUUGAACAUUUCCAUCUUACUAACCCAAAAUUAUUAAUAACACACACAUUAAUUGUGGUCCGGAUAUUUGGAAUAAUUUUCCCGACAACAUCAAAUCUGGUUCAAUCCUCUAUUCCUUGAAAGCUACCGGUACACUUAAACAAAAUAUAUUACAAGCAUAUGUGCCAAACGCUCUAAAUUAGUAAAAUAGCUUUGUCUGGAACCAUGAUUUAUUAUUCCUUUUACUCAACUACCAUCUGCUGCACCCACAUCUGCAAUUGCACUUCACCAGUUGAUCACUAUAGGUUUUACCACGAGAGCUUUGUGGCUAAAUCUUUUUUUUUUCUUCAUGAGGCCGCCAUCCAUUUCCAGCCUAACCGCUCACGAUGGCUGUCUCCUGCACUGAAAAUUUAUCUCUUUAGUUUAAUGAAAGCAGGUUAACUGCAGAUUGCCAGUAAUUAUAUUCUGACUAUAUAUUUAAGGGAAAUAUUAAUAACUAUGUAUUUAGUUUUCCAGUUCUAAUAGUACUACUUGACUACUAGUUCUUUGACCGUGAAAAAUAUAAACAUAUAUCCGUUAUUCUUGUUUUGUGUGCUUUGUUUUAUGGUUAUUGUAUAAUAUUAUUGGACAUGAUUUGCUAUUUAUGUAAUACUUCUGUAAAAAUGUAUAACGUUGUAUUUGUUAUUAGAAUGCUGAAAUAAAAGCAAUCAAUCAAUCAAAUCAAACAUGUUCAUGUAAAUAUACCUACUAUUUGAAGUGACAAUCUCAAUAUAUCAAGAUUUAUAUGUACAUAUAAGUAUUUGAACUAAUCACUUUUUAUGAUAUAUAGUUUGGAGUAUUUAUUUCUUAGUAAUAUGAAUUUGUUUUUAAAAAUCAGCUCAUGUGGCAUGCCUUUAUUCUGUUUUGAUAGUAUUACUUAAUUAUUGUGCUUUUUAACAUAAAAUUUAUGGUAGCUUUUGAAAACUGCUAAGUUUUGACUUCCAUUAUCAAUACUAAAUAUUAUUAAUAAUCGUAAAUUAAAGUAUGAAGUUGUGUUCAAUUGUAAAUUUUAAUUUGUUGAUUUUAGGUGUACGCCUUACUUUUGUAUAUCCAGUGCAAAGUCGAUGUACUUUCUAUUUCCUGAGGAGAAAAAAAAAGUUUAUUUUCAUGUACACCAAUUUUAUUACAAAUCCUGUCUUUCAUAUAUUAAUUAUUCUGAAGAAAAAGGGGACAUUCCUAUCUUUUUCUUUUUCUCUAAUUGAAGAUGAGAUUGAAUCUAUCUAAAAUCAGUAUUUCCUUCAAGUGUUCUUCAGUAAUGAUGAAUGUUUUUUCUAACUUACCAGUAUUAAACUGGUAUGGAAGCAGUUGUAAUUAUGAGUAUGUCAUGUAAACAAGAAAUCAUAUACAUCUAUGAACAGCAGGAUCAACUGCCUACACAAGUACCUUCUCUAUAAUCCUACAAUGAGUGAUAUGUGCAAAUCAAUAUUUGAAAUAAAUUAGUAUUAAAAUUCCUUUUAAUCAGUGA